AAGAAAUCAUCGACACAAGAAAUUAAAAAGGGGAAGAUCACCGAAAUUCCGGUUAAAACAACUUCCGAUGAUAAAUAUUUGGAUGAUCAUUUUGCCGCACAAUCACGUGAUCUGAAAUUUUACGACUUUCCUGCUUACUGGAAAGAUGAAAUGAUCUAUGAAAUGAUGAAGAAGGUUGGGUAUAUAGAAAGACUAGAAGUUAAAUGGAAUUACAAAUACAAAACCAUUCGAGCUAGAAUUCGCUUAACAAAAGAAAUGGAAGAAAAAUUUCAACAAGGCGGAUCAAAUAUAGCGCUAACAAAAAACGAUCGAAUGUAUUUUUUCAGGAUGUUUGAUGCAAAACUAGAUAGUUCAGUGAUCAAAAGAAGAUAUGGAUGGCAAGCAUACAGAAAACUAGAUAAAGAAGAAAUAGAGAAGAAGGAUGAUGAAAUAAUCAAAGACUAUAAUAAAACCUUCGGUGGUCAUUUUGCAAAAUUAAUCAAAAUAAACAAGAUCAAAUAUAUUUUGAUUUACUUCAACAAUGAAAACGAUCUAAUGAAGGCAAUUUAUAAGUCAACAAUGGAAGAAGAUCUAGGAAAAGGUUUAAAAAUAAAGUUACAAGACGAACUGAUCGGAGAAAAAGGGACGUACAAGCGAACAACAGGUAUAAACAGAUUUAAAGUACCAGCACAAACAAACAAAAAAGACAAGUUUGUAGAUGCUAGAUCUGAUAUUCUUUCAACAAUACCAAGAAUGAAAGAAGAACACCAAGCACUUGACGACUAAACAAUAAUUUCAGCGAAAGAUUGGACAAAAUAAAAAGAAAUCAAGCUUGCCAGAAGAGAAGAAUAGAAGUAAGGACGAAAAAGAUGAGAUUAACAAAAUAAAAAACGCGUAGUGACAACGCAAGGACAAAGAGAAGAUUCUGACGACGAAUAAACAAAUUUGUCUAGAAAUUAUUUUACAAAAUCAAGGUUUCUUUUCGAAUCAAAUUUGGAUCUACCGAAAAUAAGAUGACUAAAUAGAGAAUUUUAGGCGAUAUUUGAGGAUUUUCAUAAAUAGUAUAGUUUCA